AUUAGAAAUUGCAACGUUAGGUUGUGGUACCAUUUACUCGUGAUCUUGAUUAGAAAGGAUUGUUUGUUUUGUUUUUCAUUCAACUCGGAAGCGAUAAAAAUACACAGACAUAAAAAUGGCAGACAAUAUAGAAGAGAAAGUGAUAAUGACGCCAAAGUGCAAGACGGCCACCUCCACAACUCUUGUGGUUGAGCGGAAAAUCGUGCAAGCGGAGGCCAGCGACAAGAUACAUGUGGCCGGAGGGGACCACACUGGCAUUAUUAUCAACAAGGAACAAGUUUAUGAAAACGGUGUAACAGAGCCAUGUCACGCGCAACUCGAGUUCAGAGUCUACCUAGUAUCAGCCGCAAACGGAUCUCACACUCGGGAGGCGCGCGCGCUACGAUUCUGGUUCAAACCUCAAAUGACGCCAGGCGAACGACCGCACGAAGCGCAGGCCUUCUUCAGGGAGUUGGUUAGCCCGCAAGACUUCCCAAAAGAUUACGUGGGAUUCAUAAAGAAGAUAAUAAAGCUUAUGCAACACAAGUACUUGCAAUUAAAGAUUUUAGAAAUAGAAUUACGACAAGAAGGAACUGGAACUCCUCCUCCAGAAUCAAAUGGCGUUAUUUCAAGUAAGACAUAUACUUACGUCUAUUGUAAUGGCUCGUUUAUAGAAGAAAGUGCGGCAAACCAAACGCCAGUAAUAUCUGAACAGAGGGUAUUGGAUAUGAUUGAGAAUGCUUACCCCAACCCUUUGACUGUGGAUGAUUUCAUCACGGCAGGAAAAUGGUCGAAAGCAGAAGUAAAAGACGCCCUGGAGGCACUAGAAGAGAAAGGCCUCACACGGGCCAUGUCCGACGGACUAUACAUUCGGCAGCACAGCGUUGAUACACAGGUGGUGAAACAAAUGCCGACGUUAUGUUCAUCGCGACAGCCCAGCAUAGCCAUAAUAACCGCACUGUACUGCGAAAAGCAAGCCGUGGACGCCAUGAUGGAUAAUCAAGAGACUUUCGUGCGGUAUACGACUGUUGGCGAAUCCAAUGUGUAUACGUUGGGUACUAUUGGAGCACAUCGCGUGGUGACCACAAAGCUUCCAUCAGUGGGUCGCACGAGAGAAGCGAUGACAGCAGCAGGCAACACGACGACAAGACUCCUUGGCAUCUUCCAAAAGGUGGAGUACGUGUUCCUCGUGGGCGUCGGCGGCGGCGUCCCUCACUACACAGACUACGAGCGUCACGUGCGUCUCGGAGAUGUCGUGGUGGCCACCCCUGCAGCAGACCUGAGUGACAAAAGCGUUUACGUGUUCUGCGAGAAAGCGGAGCGUAACGAAAAAGGUGGUUGGGACUACGAAGUGAAGCCAUACAAGCCUGACAGCUUCCUGCUCCAAGAUAUUGCUCUGCGGCUGAUGCGGUCUCACGCACCUUGGGACUCUUACGUCAAUGAAGGAUUGGAACGACUCCAAGGUAUACCAGGGCGCUGGGAGGCGCCCGUUGGUGGCUCAGACCGUCUCACGAUGGACGUCGGCAAUGGAGCUUUCAUCGAAGUCUCGCACCCUGCGCCCAGUGGCGACCAAGUGGACCGUGGUGGUUUACGCGUACACUGCGCGCCGGUCGCAGGCGGGCGUGCGGUGUCGUGCGCGGGCGAGGCGCGCGCGGCGUUCGCAGCGCACGCCCGCGCACAGGCCUACGACUGCGAGCUGGACGCCGUGCUCGAUUCCGUCAAAGGGAAUAGAAAGGAUUGCUUCGUCUCCAUUAGAGGUAUAUCCGACUACCGCGACGGCACGCGCGGCAAGGAAUGGCAGCCGCACGCGGCGCUGGCCGCCGCCGCCGUAAUGAAAGCCAUCGUUGCCGCCAUGGACCCGCCCACAGACUAAACACGCACGAUUCUUCCAUACGUCACCUUAGGGCUUUACACGGUACGAGAUCUCACAUGCGACCUUCAGUACAAUGCGGCGUUUAAGGAAAAAUUCUAGGUAUAUCGGACUACCGCGCGGAAAGGAUUGCCAGCCAUGAAGGCUAUCGUGGCCGCCAUGGACCCGCCCACAGACUAAACAUGCGCGAUUCUUCCAUACGUCACCUUAGGGCUUCACACGAUACGAGAUUUCACAUGCGACCUUCAGUACAAUGCGGUGUUUAAGAAAAUAAUUCUAGAUAUAUCGGACUACCGCGCAGAAAGGAGUGAGACUCAGUUUCAUUACAAUACCGCGUUUGAUGCCGAGUUCGUACUCCGUCUAAAUGAGCCCUUAUAAACCCUUAUUCUGAUUAUUUCUGAAAGCACUCAAUGUAUGUA